UUAGCAGAGCUCGUCUGUUCAGGAGUGACGUGUAGGCGGCUAGGGAACCCCUAAGUAAAAGGGCUUGGCCGAGUUCGGGUCCGGAGGGAGAGUCACUGACCGCUUCCGAGAGCUGGAUUCCCGGACCCCCAGUGCGCAUGCGGAGCCGAUCCCCCAGGGCGGGCCCGAGGCUGAGGCCCGGCCCCAAACUUCGAGGUUGCUUCAGAGAACCAUAAUCAAGCUGCGCCUCCCGGGGCCAGGUUCUUAUAGACCGAGCGUGACCAAAUGUUGUCCCCUCCCUGGGUGCAAAGCUCAGUUUUUGCCCCCUACAAAUUGGAUUGCAGCGUGGCUUCCGUAAGCCGCUUGGAGCAGGCCGGGACGGGGCCUGGCAGACCACCGGUAAUGCAGGCGGACCUCCAGGAAUGUUCUCCUCCCCGCCCCCAGCCCAAAGUGCCACGGUGGCGCUGGUGGCCGUCGCGAGAUCGAAUGUCUCCGGCCCUGCCAGCUUCACAACCACAACCUGUAAUUCUGACUCGGAGCGAGGCCGGCUGGGGAGGCGCCCCGCCCACCUCUCCCUGUGGCUGCUAGUCGGCUCAGACCUCUAAUCACCCCCCUCCUAAACGGGUUGAAGCACCUGCCGGAUGUGGGGAGGGAGGAGGAGGAGGCCACAUGUGAGGAGGCAGAUGUAAGUGCCGAGACAAUGGUCGGCGCCUUGGUGGGGAAGCGGAAUGGACAAACCUGCAAUCGCCCCUGGGAAGCCGGCCCUGGGAUGUGGGGAGAUGAUGAUGGUUGGCCUUGCCCUCCAGGAGCACUCAACUUGGCACCCGAGCACCUACCUGCCGCCCGUUAUGCAGCUGCUCUAGCGGGUGGGACUGUAGAGUCAGAUGGGACUGGGCCUAGCCUUUCAGUCAACUCUUGAAGCUUCCCAGCCACCCCCGAAUCCCCAUCCCUACUCCUAACCCUCACUCCACCCUGUCUCUAGUCCUUUCCAACUUGGGUGUCCGGUUACUGCUCUUCUGUUCUUACUGUGACUUUGGCCCAGGCUAGGGGGAAAUGGCUCAGGAGGGUCCCGUGCGGCUGCAUAAAAUUGGCAGCUUCAGAAACAGGGAGGAGGUGGGGUGUGAGACGUCGAGGGGCGGGGAGAGGAGGCGGAGGAGCUGCUCUCUGAGUGCAAGUCCGUGGACUCUCAGAGAUCCUCAGGUCGGAGCAGAGGUGGCCAGCAGGCCCACCAGAUUUCUUUCCACUGCCUGCUUUUUCGGACUGGAGUCACAGCUGUUCUGAAGGGCUUAGUCCCGGACAAUAGGGUGCCACGCACGCGCUGAUACCCCGAGUGCUCGCAGGGCUUCCAGCUAAUCAUGCCACAGCCGCCCGCAGCUGCCUUGGUGCUGCCCCUGCUGCUGCUACUGAUGGUAGUGCAGACGCCGCCCCUGGCGGGCGCGCGGGCGUCCCCGGGCCCUGAUUACCUGCGACGCGGCUGGCUGCGGCUGCUGGCGGAGGGCGAGGGCUGCGCUCCCUGCCGGCCAGAAGAGUGUGCCGCGCCGCGGGGCUGCCUGGCCGGCCGGGUGCGCGAUGCGUGCGGCUGCUGUUGGGAAUGCGCCAACCUCGAGGGCCAGCUCUGCGACCUGGACCCCAGCGCCCACUUCUACGGGCGCUGCGGCGAGCAGCUUGAGUGCCGGUUGGACGCAGGCGGCGACCUGAGCCGCGGAGAGGUGCCGGAGCCUCUGUGCGCCUGCCGUUCGCAGCGCCCGCUCUGCGGUUCGGACGGCCGCACCUACGCGCAGAUCUGCCGCCUGCAGGAGGCGGCCCGCUCUCGACCGGACGCCAACCUCACCGUGGCGCACCCAGGGCCCUGCGAAUCGGGCCUCCCACCUCCAUCCCCAGAGCCCCAGAUAGUGUUGCACCCAUAUGACAUUUGGAAUGUGACGGGGCAGGAUGUGAUCUUUGGCUGUGAGGUGUUUGCCUAUCCCAUGGCCUCCAUCGAGUGGAGAAAGGAUGGCUUGGACAUUCAGCUGCCAGGGGAUGACCCCCACAUCUCUGUGCAGUUUAGGGGUGGACCCCAGAGGUUUGAGGUGACGGGCUGGCUGCAGAUUCAGGCUGUGCGUCCCAGUGAUCAGGGCACCUACCGCUGCCUGGCCCACAAUGCCCUAGGCCAGGUGGAGGCCUCAGCUAGCCUGACAGUGCUCACACCAGCUGAACUCCACAGGCAUCCCCCAGCUGUCAUCCCUGCACCUGGUUCCUGAGGAGGAGGCUGAGAGUGAAGAGGGCGAAGAUUACUACUAGGUCCGGAACCCUGGCCCUUGGGGGUGGGUGAGUGGGGAUAGUUUUCAUCCCUGCUCUUGAAAAAAAAACUAGAAUAGGGGAGCAGAGCCCCUUCACUGAUUACUUUAAUGCCCUGAAGCAGGGAAGAUGUGGCAGUGGGUGGGAGGGACCAAAGUUGGAGGAGGGUAAUGAGAGAAGCUAAGACUAGGGGAGGUGGGAUGCAGAGGGGCCCAUGCAGGAGAUGCUCUGGCCAGGACAGUCUCCUGAGUAGAUCAGCCAGGAGGAAGGCAACAGCUGCCUGCUGGUCUUUAGCCGGGUGGGGGUUGGGGGGAGCAGAGCAGACACAAAGGGGUGCAGACACCAGGAUCCUCCACUUCUUUCUGGCAGCAUUUGCUCCAGCCCUGCUCAGCCAGUCUUUUGCUCUUCUUCACAGAUCCUGCUGUUAUUUUCCUAGUCGCCAAUCUUUGUCUAACCUCAGCUAACCCUUCCUCAAAACUCACCUUGAGAUUUUCUCUUUCCUAAGUCCAAAUUGUACUUACUAACUAUGGUCCUCUUUACUGUUUGCCAUCUGCUGUCCAGAAGAGCACGAUGGAGCAUGAUUUAGUUCAGUGCAGUAAGAUGGACAUUUGGUCAUGCCUAAUUUCUCGUGUCCUUUUAGAAACUCCAUGAGGGCAGCACCAUAUCUUAUACUACUCUGUAUUGUACGAUGCCUAGCACAGGACUAGGCACAGUAGGCACACAAUAAAGAUUUAUGAACAA